ACAGGGCAUUUUCCUUUUAUUUUCUGUGUGGAGGCUGCAGUGUAUGAGCGGAAGUAUACCCAAUGGGAGACUUGCUUCGAGAAAUUGGGAUUGAAUCCUAAGCCUGUUUAUGAUUGCUAUUCUUCAGGACUUGGGAAAGAGCUUGAAUUACAAUAUGCAGCUGAAACCGACAAUCUUCAGCCUCCUCAUAAAUACGUUCCUUGGGUGGUUGUUGAUGGACAACCGCUUUAUGAGGACUUUGAAAACUUCGUGAGCUAUAUCUGUGCGGCGUAUAAAGGUUCUUCUGUGCCAAGCGCAUGUAGUAAAGCUAAAUCCCUUAGUUCCAUUUAAAGAGGUAGAAAAGGAAAGUUCUAUAUGAAUGGUGAAGAUGGUAAUGCUGCUGUUUCAUCUGCAAUAAUGUUGUUGAAAUUGUUUACUGAAUAAUAAUAGCGUUAUUGUUUGUAGGAAGCGUUAGUCGUGUUGUCAUCAACAUUUAAAAUCUGAGAAUCUGACGUUUAAGGCUACAAAGGGAGCAUUUAGAUUGUUUAAGGCUACAAAGGGAGCAUUUAGAUUGUCUUUAUAUGUACUCUCAUACUGAAAAGUUAGAGAUUAGAAUCUUACCUUCACAUAUUUUAAACUCAAGAGCAUAUAUAUAUAUACAAAGGCCCUCUACACUUUUCGUGUA